AUGACCAUCGUGCGAACAUCCCUGACCAACAACUCGAUCAAGAAUGGACAACUCGUCUAUGGAUUCUUCAGCAUCGUAUCAAAGACCAACUGCACAUUGUCCGACAACAUGUUUGUUGGCUCCAAUCUCAUGCGCAUGACCGCAUAUAUUGUAUGGCUGGGCAGUCCAAGGAUUGUUCAGCGUGAGGGAGAUGGACAACUUCGAUGGCACUCAACCGCCACCAAAGAGGAGAGGGAGGGCUCCACUUAUUCAAACACCGAUGCUCUGCCACCUUCUUGA